GUUCAAAUUCAGCUGUUAGCAUGGAACUUUCAGAAACUGUUGGUAAGAAAAUUUCUGACCAUAUUAAUACAGUAUUAUGAAACUCUUUCACUCUCAAGAUUUGAGGUGCACAUUAGAAAAUGGGGAGACAGAAAUGUCCCCAGAAGAAUCAUGGGAGCACAAAGAAGAAAUCAGUGAAGCAGAGCCAGUGGGUGGCUCCUUGGGAGGUGGAAGGCCCCCAGAGGAAAGUGCCCAGGAGAUGAUGGAGGAGGAAGAGGAGAUACCAAAACCCAAAUCUGUGGUUGCACCACCAGGUGCUCCUAAGAAGGAACAUGUAAAUGUAGUAUUCAUUGGGCAUGUAGAUGCUGGCAAGUCAACCAUUGGAGGACAAAUAAUGUAUUUGACUGGAAUGGUUGACAAAAGGACACUUGAGAAAUAUGAAAGAGAAGCUAAAGAGAAAAACAGAGAGACUUGGUACUUGUCUUGGGCCUUAGACACAAAUCAGGAAGAAAGAGACAAGGGUAAAACAGUAGAAGUGGGUCGUGCCUAUUUUGAAACAGAAAAGAAGCAUUUUACAAUUCUAGAUGCCCCUGGCCACAAGAGUUUUGUCCCAAAUAUGAUUGGUGGCGCUUCUCAAGCUGAUUUGGCUGUACUGGUGAUCUCUGCCAGGAAAGGAGAGUUCGAAACUGGAUUUGAAAAAGGAGGACAGACAAGAGAACAUGCAAUGUUGGCAAAAACAGCAGGUGUAAAACAUUUAAUUGUGCUUAUUAAUAAGAUGGAUGAUCCAACAGUAAACUGGAGCAAUGAGAGAUAUGAAGAAUGUAAAGAGAAACUAGUGCCAUUUUUGAAAAAAGUUGGCUUCAAUCCCAAAAAGGACAUUCACUUUAUGCCCUGCUCAGGACUGACUGGAGCGAAUCUUAAGGAGCAAUCAGAUUUCUGUCCUUGGUACAUUGGAUUACCAUUUAUUCCAUAUCUGGAUAAUUUGCCAAACUUCAAUAGAUCAGUUGAUGGACCAAUCAGGCUGCCUAUUGUGGAUAAGUACAAGGAUAUGGGCACUGUGGUCCUGGGAAAGCUGGAAUCAGGAUCUAUUUGUAAAGGCCAACAGCUUGUAAUGAUGCCAAACAAGCAUAACGUGGAAGUUCUUGGAAUCCUUUCUGAUGAUGUAGAAACUGAUUCUGUAGCCCCAGGUGAAAACCUCAAAAUCAGACUGAAAGGAAUUGAAGAGGAGGAGAUUCUUCCAGGAUUCAUACUUUGUGAUCCUAAUAAUCUUUGUCAUUCUGGACGCACAUUUGAUGCCCAGAUAGUGAUUAUAGAGCACAAAUCCAUUAUCUGCCCAGGUUAUAAUGCGGUGCUGCACAUUCAUACCUGUAUUGAGGAAGUCGAAAUAACAGCCUUAAUCUGUUUGGUAGACAAAAAAUCAGGAGAAAAAAGUAAGACUCGACCUCGUUUUGUGAAACAAGAUCAAGUGUGCAUUGCUCGCUUACGGACAGCAGGAACCAUCUGCCUUGAGACCUUUAAAGACUUCCCUCAGAUGGGCCGUUUUACCUUAAGAGAUGAGGGUAAGACCAUUGCAAUUGGAAAAGUUCUGAAACUGGUUCCAGAGAAAGACUAAGCAUUUUCUUGAUGACCCUGCCCAAUACUGUGAGGAAAUUGACUGCAAAAGCUACUUCACAUCGCCUUCUCUUAUUUUCUGCCCACUGACAAACCUCUCCCCAUAUUUUGCAAAGACAAAAUUCACAGCAAAAGUCCACAUUAUGUCAGCUUUCUCAUAUUGAGAGCUCUGCUAUGCCACUGUUGAGUUUUCCCAAGAUUUUUUCUUCCCCUCUCAAACUCUGCUUCCAGACAGAUUUGGCAAUAGCUUUGUAAGUGAUGUGGACAUAAUUGCCUACAAUAAUGAAAAUUCACAGAAAUUUUUUAUUUUUCAUUUUCCCCUUAAGCAUACUCAGCCUUUUUCUCCCCCAGGCAGAUCAUUCUGAGUGCGCAAGUGUUUGUGCACAUGUUACAAAGACAACUACCACGUUAAUAAAAUAAUCAAUUUGAAAUCCUUUUCGGUAUUUCCUUUUGAAUAAUAUUUUUAAACUGGAUGUAACAUUGUUGCAUUAGCUUUUUAACUUUACCAAGUAAUUGAAUACAUUUUAUUACUUGGACUUUUCUAGAACUCUUUCCCUACCCACUACUUUAAAAGGAGGUAUGUACAAUGUUCAAGUUUGUAUUAAAGGAAAGAAUUAGUUUGACCCCUUCUUUUGAUGGUUAAUGCAUCCAUACAGUUAAAUACCUUUAUGUAGUUGUGACACUGCUGUAUUGGGUCUGCCAGUUAUUUUCUGCCAAUUUAUAUUUUGACAUGAUUUCUUAAACGCAGUAAGUUCCAAAAUAAACAGCAUACUAUAGUUUUUAUAAGUAAAGCAUAACAAAAUUGUACCCUUACAGAAAACUCCAUCAACUUGUUAAUUUAGUGGCAUUCACAAUAAAGAAAGCAUGUUGAGACCUGGCAAAAAUGCCUCAUUUAAUAUUUAUAAGAGCUGCAUGCCUCUACUAUAAAAACCGUACCAAUUGCAAGUGCCAGUUUUACAAUUACUUAGUUUACUAUUUUAUCAGUAAUUGUAAAAAUUGAAUGAUCCUUUCUGGUAAAAGCUUAAUCUCAUCCAGCAACUAAAUGAACACAUUUUUAGAAUCAUCAGAAUCUGCACAAACAGAGAUACCUAGAAUCAAGCACAGUGUAAGUUUUUCUCAAUUAUCUGAAAUUGACUGUUUUCUUAAAUAUAAAGCUGAAAUUUGCUAAACUAUGAUUUGGAUCACCCACAAUGGAGUGUUGCAGUGGUUUUUAUAUUGAAGGCUAACUUUCUGCUCUAACUAUCAUGACUUUGAAAUUUUUAAAUAAGAAUAAAUGGGAAAUGAAAGAGACAAUUUCUGGGUUUAUUGCAAGUCCCCUUGAAUUUGAGUGUUGCCAUUUUAUUAAAGACUUAGCCUCUUUCAGAUGGUAGUUUAUCUCUAAAUAAGAUAAUUUGUAAUUGUAUAUUUAAUUACACAUCCCUUCCCUGUAAUCUUCCUCCUCAGAAAAGGAAAGCCUAGUUCGACUGUAUUUCCAGUCACAACACAUAAAAUUUAAUCCAAUUCUGUUUUCAUAACUAUAGAAUUACUAUUCAUUUCACAAAUGAAGCUGCAUCUCAUGGACAGAGCAAAGUUAUUGUCCUGCAACUUCCUAUAACUAUACUUAUGCUAUUGAAUUGCAUGAAAUUUAAAUAAAUUUUAUUUAUGCCUGCAAAUCUUUGGGCUUUAAUUUUUCUGGGAAAUAAUGAGAGCUUUAAUGAGUAUAUAAUAAACUCUUUUUGUACUUCCAAGUUAAUAAGAUACUAGCAAUUGCUUGGAUUUUAAUGAAUCUUUAGAAGGAAGCUCAAGAGACCUUGAAAUUAUUUCAAAUGAUAGAUUUCCAUUUUUAAAUUGAGCUUGCUUUUAAAAAGCAGUAGGUUUGCUAUUAAAACAUUUACACUUCUAGAAUACUAUGUGCAUGUUGCCAAGACUUUUAACAACAUGGGUAUCAACUGUGAAUGGCCCUGGCCUACCUCUAAAAAAAAUAAGAAAUAUAACUUUCAUUAUGAAAUAAAACAUUUCAUUUGGAUUUUUGCACAUUUGUGCAUAUAAUUGGGUUAUUUAGAAGAAACUUCAUUUCUAAAGCGACACCACGUUUUAUGGGCCUUGAAAUUCUUUGGGAAGUAUUCUCACUUAAAGUUGAUGCAUUUUUAAACUCCUAGUUACACUGGCUAGUUUUCUGAAGGAGGAAAUAAAAUGUCUGGAGUGAACUGGAGGAAUAAAAUGUCUGGCAGUGUGUGAUGUUGGACCUUUAAAAAGCAAUACAGUCUCCUAGGUUGUCAUUUUGUCUUCUGCAAGUGCAAGAAUGUUUAUAUGUUAACAGUACAAAAAAUAGGGUAAGUGGCUGCGGAUUUAGGAUAUUACAGACUAUAAACAUGCUUUCUCUAUAGCAUAGAUACAUUAGAAACAAUUUUUCUUUUAUCUUUUUAAUGUUUAUAUAACUUUCAUGCUAGAUUAUUUAAUUAUAGCUCUUUAACUGAAUUAAAGAGAAGAUACUGAAUUAAACAUCUUAGUAAUUGCCUUCUUAAAUCCUUAUUUCUUACUGUGGGAAAGGGGGAGAUAAUUGUAUCUGUUUCUUGUUUUUAAUUUGCAAAAGGACUUUACCAGUGAAAAUCUAUGUCGAAUUCAAACCAAGAGUUGGACUAAGUAUGUAUUGCCAUGAAAUUAAAUGACAAAUAGUAAAGUGUUGUUGAAUCACUAAGCCCAUGUAUAUUUCUUUGUUUUGAAAAUCUUGAAAAAUGUGGUAACUGAAUGUAAAGAGUUUGUAAAUUGUAAAAGAGUGCAGGUUGUUCAUUGUAAUAAGAUCAUUCAUACUUGCCUGCUAGUUACAUAAACUACAAGAACUGCUCUUAGGAUGUGGGGUGGACUUGGAACACCAUGCAUCAGAACAGUUUCCAGCACGCUCUCAGCUGAAGCGCUGCAGACGUGGUGGGUCAUACUUUCAGUCAGAUGUAGUCUUGCAGUCCAAGAAAAUGGAUCCAUACUCAAAAACUGCUUCCAUGAUAAACUUCUGAAAAAAAUCAGCUGAACUCCCCGGCAAUCUUCAAGAGCACUAGUUACGACUCUCAAUUACUCUGUGCUCUUUGCUGACUGUUCCACGUGACAGCACUCUAGCACCUUUCCUCACUGGCAUGGACCUCCUCAUGGGCUGCUGUUUCAUGGAUGACAGACACCUCCAUUGCUUUAGGUAGGAAUGUGAGGUGAUUGAGGGACAAAUAAACAGUUUUUAUUACAGCUCUUAACAUCAGGCAACUUCAAACCUUUAAAAAACCCUUUGUGAAAAUUUCUGUCACAACACUAGAGCUCUGAUUUAAGUUUAGGAUUAAAUGUUAUGUUCAGUGUUGGCUUACCUUACCAGGAUAAACUGUGCCAUUAAUCCUCUCACAGACAUUGGUAAGGUAGAUAGCAUUCAAGAGAAUUUAGGGAAUGAUUUUGUCUCCAAAUAAUAUGGCUUAUAUUUGUUCCAGCUAAUUUUUCAGUGAAUCUAGCAGAUGUCAUCUAAUGCAUUCAUGACCUUGUCUCUUUAGCAAACUUGCCAUGGCAGCAACUUAUUAAGUCAAUAAAUGUAACUACACAUGCACAACUCAGAAGACUUACUAGGUUUAAGUUUAGGCAGUCAGCUGGUUAUAUUCAAUUUCAUAGUAAUCGGAAUAGGAGGUGUAUUUAUUUUCCUGUGGUAGUUGAGUGGAUUCCAACUGAACCAAUUUACUGCCAGAAUUCACAUAGGGUAGAUUUGGUUCAAUUUGUGAUGGUUUUGGCUCUAGGAUACUAAUUUUUAGUAUCCUAGGACAUACUGAGUCUUCCCUUCAAUAAGUACACUGUUCACAUACCUCUAAUCCUAUGCUUCCUUGAAAAUAAUAUGCUAGUCAAGUUGUUCACUAAGGAAUGUUAAAGGGCCUGGAGGUGUGGGAGUGGGAAUUACAAUUUCUGUGUUCUUGAAUAUAUGGAAAAAGCAGACAGGCAUUGUGUCUGAUGAGGCAGAAAAUGAGGACGUAGGCAACCCUCGGAAUGGUAAUUGUCUUCCCUGCCUUGCCACACAUGCCACUGUGCCCUUGAAACGGAACCUCAGGUUUAUGGACAGAAAGGUAGAGUGACAUUUUGUGCUUCCUGAGGUUCUCCUCUGCCAGGCAUAUUGGCUUGGUGCUUCAGCUAUCAGCCCAAGUCCCUGCUACCGCCUUUCCUGCUGCCUGGGAAGAACUGUGCUAGAGCUCCUGCACCCCUCAGGUGACCAGCCACGUGCAACAGGUGACAAGUGAAGUCUGAACCUGAAGGUCUGUGUUCUGGAGACUUGUUGGGCUCUCAGAAAUUGACUCACGUCUUGGCUAAUGUUUCUUCUGUUCGAAACGAAAUGUGGAUCUCUCUCAGGCCAGGACUUCAUGACUAGCUUUCACUAGACAGCAUAGGUUAAAUUCCCAGCUCUCUUUUUUAAAAAAGGGAACUGAUGAGGUUUGCUGGUUUUUUUUAACCUAAUUCCAAAGCAUGGCAAAAUUCUCUAGGUAGGAAUCACAAGAAUCCAAGCUAAAGCCACCUUUUAGGAUUUGUAGCUACCUACUUUUCUGUGCCUGACUUGGUGCCUGUGGGAGGAUUAAGCCCUUAGUCUGCUCUUGUAAUUACUCAAAUGACUGAAGUUAAAAAAAAUUGCUUUUGUAAUAAUAAAAACUGUCAUCUUUCCUUUUGAA